AUGAGUGGUAAUAUUGCCCUAAAUAUUCCAUAUUUAUUUUUACAAGAUGAUUGGGAAGUUAUUUAUAAUGAACCAUAUAAUCAUUUGACAACAACUGAAGAAUUACGAUCACUAUUAUCCAAAUGUUCAAAACAAAUAAUUGUUGCAGCACAUUUUAAACAACAAGCAAGAGAGUUCUCUUUGGCUGCAUGCGGUCCAAAAGAAAUAUUAAAUUUAAAUACAAAUCAAAAUAUUCCGACUAAAUUUGGAAAUGUUUAUUGGUAUUUAACACCAAAAUUAUCGUUUGGUUUUUCACCAACAGAAAAAAUUGAACAACGUAUUAUUGAUACUGAAGAUGAACAAGGAACGAAGCGUUUAUCAUGGCAUUUAAAUGGUUUCAGUGGUGGUUAUCGUGUUGGAAUGACAAAAGGUUUAACUGAGAAUAAAAACUGGCGUAAAGUUAUUUUGACAAACACAUCAAAACCUUGA